AUGAAGGAUUUUCUCAAUGUCUCUGCUUACUGUCAACGUCUUAAGAUGCUUUCUAAUCAGUUGAGAAAUAUCAGCUCCCCUGUUAACAAUCAUCGUCUGGUCCUUCAACUGAUCUCUGGUCUCCCAGAAGCUUACCGCAGUGUUGCUACUAUGAUUUUCCAGAGCAACCCUCUUCCGGCAUUCUAUCUGGCUCAUUCCAUGCUCACUUUGGAAGAAGCCGAUAUGGCUAAGAUGGAAAACAUAGGCUCUCAUGCUGCUAUGCACGCCACUCAGCCAAAGCUUGCUGAAGACACCUCUCAGCGUGGCAACCACCGCCCCGACAACCGUUCUCGCUCUCGUGGAAACCAGGGUCACGGAGGGGGACGUGGUAACCGCAGUGCACCUCAGUGUGGAGCUCCCAGCGCUCCCUCACCUUGGUCUACUCCUCUUUGGCAAUAG